UGUCACAAAAGGUGGUGACAACCAACAAAUGUGACUUGAAAACAGGUUCAAGAUAAGCAAGACUGGGUCCACCUAUAUAUUCCUAUACUUAUAUGAUAAUGUACAUCGACAAGACCCUUAUCAAUAAUUGAAUUUAAUAUCCCAAAUUUAACACUCCUAAUUUCAACUUAUUAGAAAGAACUUAUUGGCACUAUCAUUAUUAUAUUCCUGCAUAGUUACAGCUUUAAAAUAAGAACAAACUUUAUUCCCAUACCUUCUUCUUCUUCUUGUUGGGUUUUCAUUUCAAUGGCUGUAAUAUGCUUUUCUUCUCCUAACAUUCUUGCUCAAAAGUCUGGUCCAGUUGUCAAGCCUGCAUACAAAACUAUGAUGCUUAAGCAAGGUCAGGUUCCACUGAAGAAAGUACCCAAAAUUCUGGUCAGAUCAUCAUCCUUCACAAACAAGGUCUUUGAGGAUCGAUCGGAGGGUAUAAUCUGUUACAGAGAUAAUAAUGGGGAGAUAGUUUGUGAAGGGUAUGAUGAGGGUCCUCGUUCUCCCCAACAGAUUUCAAGAACAGUGCACCAUUUAAGAGAAGCUGAGAUCAUCAAUCUACUUCAAGAAAGAUGGUAUCAAUUAAUGAAUGGUGGGGAUUCAGCAUUACUUACUAGUAUUGAUGAUCUGCACAUUCAAUAGAACUUCAAGUUGAAUGGCUUCAACAAGCUCUGGUAACCAAUGCCUAAAACUUGCCAAUUCUGGCAGUGUAUGAAAUAAUUUUCAGCAGUACCUGAAACUGAAACAGUUCUAGUCAUAGAAUGUAAAUAAUAAGCAUGACAGCACUUUAAUUUCGUUUC